AUGGACGCGCUCGUGGAGUUCGAGACCAAUGGAAAAGCACACGUACCCUAUCGAGAUGCAAAGCUCACCCACUUGCUCAAGCCGUGUUUGGCCGGGGACGCAAAGUGCAUGCUAAUUGUCACACUGAACACUCAACGUGCGUGUCUGGAAGCAUCUCUGCGCAGUCUUCGACUGGCGUCCAAAGCAUCCGUGAUUGCGUUGGGGCAGGCCAAAAAGAAUGCCACUUUACGUGGUGGGAUACGCACGGCUAUAUAG